CUUCAAACGAAUGGAGAUACGACAUAACAAGAGGACACACUAACUGGCCUGCUAUGAGAACAAGAUACAGAACCAAGAAACUUCCAAGUACUGUCACAGAAUACCCACCUAGAGAUCACAAAUGUACCACAACACCCGUCAUUAUCUGAACCUGAACCUGAACCUGAACUUGAUAAUGGAACUAUACCUGAUCGAAUAAGAGGUAGACGAAGAACUGCGGCAAACGUAGCAGAAGGAGCGUUAGAAGAAAAUAGACGUGGUGGUGCUUUUGAUUAUGAUCCCAACUUUGAAUACAUCAUUGAGGAUGACACCAACGGUUUUAAUGAGAAUGAUGACCCAGUUUAUGAACAACAACAACAGCGGAGACCACAGAGACCACGGAACUCAGUUUAUAAUCCAGGUGACCUUGAAUAAUGUUGUGAUUAUUGUCAAGCUCUUCUUAUCGAUACUGAUUUACCAUCUUUUUGCUGUUAUAGGAACAAAAACCUUCACAGUACUUGAAGGAUAUCUGAUUGGAUCCAAUCACAUCCAAAUAUUCUCGAACAAUCAAUACAACUCUUUCGCUAUCAUCCUUGGAUUCUAAAAGUACUGGUGAUUCGAGAGAUGGGACUUAUUCAAUGACUAUCAACAGCCGUUUAUUCCAUAGAGUUGAUGGU